AUGCACGAUGACGUGCAUUGGCCGUCUUUAUUAUUUGUUUAUGGCUUGUUGUUAGGCAACUACGGAUACCAAACCGAUAGAAAGAUUUAUGACCAAAGAGAAAUCGCAGCUCGCUUGCGAUCGUCGCGUAAACCGCGCGCUGCGCGCGCGACAAAAUUAUACACUCGCUCCGCGAGAAUUAUUAUUUAACCUACUAUUUCCCUACAUCAUCGUAUGUAGCAGAAAUCACUCAUCCAUUUGCGAUGGCAGAUCGAGGCAGCUAAAGAAUGCCUACAUAUAUAUAUUUGUCUCCCUUUCCCAUGUUAUUGCUUAACCUCGGUCUGUAUAUCUACCAGUGUGUGAAAGCCAGUAACCAAUCCCCAUUUACUCGUAUGUAGACAAUUAUCGCCACAGUGGGGCUGGUGCUGGGGAUCUUACAGGACGUGAAAAUUACCCAAUUUGAGCCUGUUUAUGAACAGUAGAUUAAACUUUUGGAAACAAUAAAUUACAAAAAAUAUACAAAUAUUCAAUGAUUUUCUAGCUUUUAAAAAGUUAAAUCAUUAUUUCUUUUUAUAUAUCAGAAUGUCAGAAUUACGGAAGCCUUAACAGUUAUAUCAGAAAGAUUACGUACUCCGGAGGCAGUUAUUGUGACAGAGGAAUCGGACCUGGCUGGUUUCGUUUCGAGUGGUCCGCCGGUACAAGAUUGCCAACUUCAUGUCCACCUAUGUUCAGAUGUGGCACAACUGUAACCGGCUGGUUGAAUGGUGGACACCCUACAGUAGCAGACGGUCAGGUCAGCAGGCAGGUGUGUUUUCACUGGAGUAGUAACUGCUGUUAUUGGUCAACAAACAUCAAAGUGAGAAAUUGUGGUUCAUAUUAUGUGUACUAUCUUAAUGGUACACCUAGUGGUCAGUGCGAUCUCCGUUAUUGUUGCACUGACUAA